CCAAGGUCUGCUAGAUGCUGCCACCUGCUGUGACACAAGGUCAUUUAACAAGCAAAAAUGAAGACACGUGAAUAGGAGUAAGGGGAAAUGGGUCUUCAGAGUUAAUGAGUCUGGAUAAGGCACAUCAAUGUGGAAGCACCUGCGUUAUCCGUUUUAGGGACAAAUCUCCAGUACACUAAAGAACAAAAACAAAAAACCUGCCAGAAUUGCUGCAUUUUCAUAAUGAAGAAAAUUAGUCUCAAGACCAUUCGUAAAUCUUUUAACUUAAAUAAGAGCAAAGAUGACAGUGACUUUGUUGUGGUUGCACAGCCAUCAUUAAAUGAUUUUGGAAAAGAUGACUCCUUGUUUGCUAGCUGUUAUGGCAAAGAUUUGGCUAGCUGUGACAUCAACAGUGAAGAUGAGAAAGGUGGCAAAAACAGAUCAAAGACUGAAAGCUUAAUGGGUACAUUAAAAAGACGACUUUCAGCCAAACAGAAGCAAAAAGGUGGCAAGGGCAGCACGCCGUCUGUAAGCUCUGCUGAUGAAGAUACUUUUUCUUCUUCUUCUGCUCCAAUAACUUUCAAAGAUGUAAGAGCUCAAAGACCUCUUCGAUCCACAUCCCUCCGAAAUCACCAUUAUAGUCCAACCCCAUGGCCCCUUCGGCCAACAAACUCAGAAGAAACAUGUAUAAAAAUGGAAGUGAAAGUAAAGGCCUUGGUCCACUCUUCAAAUCCAAGCCCUGCACUGAAUGGUGUUCGCAAAGAUUUCCACGACUUGCAGCCAGACAGCAUGUUCCAUGAACAAAACAGUGCAUUAAAAAGUACGGAAUCUCAGAAUGGAGAUUUGCAUCUUCAUAUUGAUGAACAUGUGCCUGUAGUUAUUGGACUUAUGCCUCAGGACUACAUUCAGUACACUGUGCCUUUAGAUGAGGGAAUGUAUCCUUUGGAAGGAUCACGUAGUUACUGUUUGGAUAGUUCCUCACCCAUGGAGAUUUCAACUGUUUCUUCUCAAAUGGGUAGUACUACAUUUCAUGAAGAAGAGGGUUCAGUGAAUCAAGACGUAGUAGUUGCUCCAGAUAUCUUUGUGGACCAAGCAGUAAAUGGUUUAUUGAUUGGUACAACAGGAAUCAUGUUGCAAAGUCCAAGAGUUAAUCAUAAUGAUAUUCCUCCACUCUCGCCAUUGCUACCUCCAAUACAGAAUAAUCAAAUCCAAAGGAACUUUAACAGCCUGAAUGGCACAGAUGUCCAUGUGGCUGAAAGUAUGCGCUGCCAUUUAAAUUUUGAUCCUAACUCUGCACCAGGAGUUGGAAGAGUAUAUGAUUCUGUACAAAAUAGUGGCCCGAUGGUUGUAACAAGUCUCACAGAAGAACUUAAAAAACUGGCAAAACAAGGAUGGUACUGGGGUCCAAUUACACGAUGGGAAGCAGAGGGAAAACUAGCCAAUGUUCCUGAUGGUUCAUUUCUUGUGCGGGACAGCUCUGAUGACCGUUACCUUUUAAGUCUGAGUUUCCGUUCUCAUGGUAAAACUCUUCAUACUAGAAUUGAGCAUUCAAAUGGUAGAUUUAGCUUUUACGAACAACCAGAUGUGGAGGGACAUACUUCUAUAGUUGAUCUAAUUGAACACUCAAUUAGGGACUCUGAAAAUGGUGCAUUUUGCUAUUCGAGAUCUCGAUUACCUGGAUCUACAACUUACCCAGUGAGACUAACCAAUCCAGUAUCUCGUUUCAUGCAAGUGCGUUCCUUGCAGUAUCUGUGUCGAUUUGUUAUACGUCAGUAUACCAGAAUAGAUCUGAUUCAGAAACUGCCUUUGCCAAACAAAAUGAAGGAUUAUUUACAAGAAAAGCACUACUGAAGGCUUAUGGGAACCUUGCAGCUUGCACUUUGGGAAUAACAACAAAAAAUUUAAAGAGAGCGAUUGAUACACAGUUUACAAACUUAAUUAUUACUAGUUUUUUUGCUGCCAUAAUUUCAUUUUUGUGCAUAAAGAAGGGUAAUGUGUUUUGAGUUUAAUGGGUAUUUGGGGUUUUUCUUUUUUAAAACGAUCUGAAAGGUUUUUUUUUUUUAGAAGAAUAAAAUAACUAUCUUUCAUUCAGUGUGCAAAAUAAUCACAAUGUGAAUGAUAAACAUUGUCCUUAAACUCCCCAUCUCCUUUGCUGCUAAUCCACUGUGAUUUUUAUGCAUUUGAAGCACAUUUCAUGUGUUUUCAACCAUACGUAAAAAUUGAAACUUGAUGGGAUAUAUUUUGUCGUCUUCAAAUAGUCUGCUUUUUGUUUUUGUUCUUAAUUUAAAAAAAGUUGGGAGUAAAAUAUACUGGUAUACUGAACUUGGAUAGAUGCUUAACAUAAUUUCCCAAUACCUAAUUGAAAGCAUAGAACCGUGGGCUGGAGGGAAUGCAUGAUACAAUACGGUUGUGCAUCGUAUCUUUUGAAAGCCUCCUUCUCCUAAGCAGUUUCAGUUAUUGCAGAUAUUACUUUGCUUUUCUUGUUCAUUCUUAACCAUUUUUAAAUUUUAAAAUAGCCUUUGAAAAAAAAAUGUGAAAUAAAUAUUGGAAAUCAUAUUAAUAUUCAAACAAAAGCUAAAUACACUUAAAAACACUUAAAAAUAUUUGGAGGGGUUCUAAAAAUCCUGAUUUAAAUGAAGCUAUUCAGAUAAUUUCAGAACUCUGAGAUUUGUCCCAAUGGAAAUUUUGAAAAUUAUGUGGUGAUGCAUUUAAAAGUAUCCUGUAAUUACUGCAAAAAAUGGACAUUAAAUAGCUCAUCGUAAAAGGAAUUUAAAUUCCAUUAAUUUCCUUGGGUGAGUUAGCCACAUGUAUAAUCUUUUCCCAUGGAAAAUGAUAAGAUUAAGAAGUACUUAACUUUGAUCGAACAUGGCUUCAAUUUCAAAUGUGUUUUCCUCUAUUGUUUAGCAUUCAUUUUCCAUCAUUAUAUUUCAUUUUAAUUGGCAAGUGAAGAGAACUUAAAUUAAUCCCCAAAUAUUAUUCGUUAUAGAAACAUGCACAUUUUAAAAUGAAGACAAUUAGAUAAAAUAUCAAAAUAGUCACCAUAGGAAAUAUUCAAGUGCAUUACGAUUUUCAUUUUUACAUACUCUUAUUUGCAAAAAGGAAAAUCCAUAUCAUUUUAGAUACCUGUAAUGGGAUAAAUCUUCCAGGAAUAAUUGUAUUAGGAUUUCCAGAGCAUCAACGUAUUGUUUUGUUUCACUUUAGUGAGGUCUGCAUAGGAGAAAUUUCCAGUUAAUUGGAAGGCCUAUAGAUGAGGCUACUUUACAGCCUAGACCCAAUCUUGAGAAAUUUCCUCACCUGUUUUGAUGAAAAAUUGGGGAAAGUUGAUGUUAAUUGGGCUCCAUUGCCUUCAGUAGGCUUUAAGUCUGAUAGUGUUGUUUUGUGUAUGUUUUUGUAGAAAAAAAUGCCAAUAAGUUUAUAAAGAAUUGCAGCCUAACUAUUUAAAAAAAAUGUUUGUGGUCAAAGGACUAUUUCUGCAAGUUGUUCCAUGAUAAACACUAUACUGUGGAAGCAGAGCAUUUUUAUGUUUAUAAGAGCUCUUGUGAACCAAAAUCUUAACAAGUAGGAAACUGUAUUCUGAAAUUUCUGAAUAAAAUCAUACAAUUUGGGAGUGUGGUUUUAAAGUUACAGAAAUUAGUUUGUGCCACUGCAGUGUGUCUUUCAUUUUUUUCUUUGCAUUUUCCCAUUUGAAUACUGAAUAUUUUUCUGAUUAGUAAAAACAUUUAAAGGGUGAUGAAAUUUUGAGAAAUCUUCAUUUUGGGGUAUUUCACCCUUGCUUCCUCUACCUUUUUUGUGGUUUUUUGAAUGAAUUUAUACUAUUAAAGUAUGAAGGUGCUGCAGUGGCCUGACAUUUUGGGUUGUGUGAGUCAAUAUGCUAAAUUUCUAUUUUUUAAAAAAUUAUUUUUUAGAUCAUAAUGUUUAGAAGAAUAUCAGAGGCAAAGUAUGUCUUUUGCUCUGGGAAUCAGAGGUGGAAGCAUCUCUCUUGCCCAGUUACAGUAUAAUAGAUUUUGAAAAAUAAAAUAUAUAGAGAGAGAUGCUCUUAAAUUCCUGAGCAAAAUAUAUCUAUAUGUGUGUGUGUCAUUUCUUGGCUUUGCCAUUCUGAUAUUUAUGCAAAAUCUUCAUUUUUGUUUCUUAAUUUUUACUCCCAAGCAAGAUUACAAAUUUUAUAUAUAAAAGGCACAAUGAUAUAUGUGAUAGUACCAUGUUUUGCCUAAUGAAGAAAAGGAUUUUUUUUUUUUUU